CCAUAAUUUUUUUAGAUACCGGCAAUUAUCUGAUUUUUAGUUUUUCCACAUUUUUUUUCUUCGUUUCCGUUUCAGCAUUGGUUCUUAGUUGUACUGGGUCAGCUUGCACAGCAUCAUAGGACUUAGGAGGAGAACCCAGACCCAUCUCCCAGAUAGAUGUCUGUGUCUUCCUUUCACCAUAGCUUUCUGAGUUGAGCUACGUUGUCGUGUUCUUUUCGGGUAAAGGGUUGGCAUUACUCUAUUUUAUUUUUCCACGGGUUGAUCAAUCUAGGGUUCAGGGGGAUUCUCUUCUUUUGGAGGGAUUGGGGUGAUCUGGUUCAUGUGAUCUGCCCCUUGUGUCGGCACUUUAAAUUUCUGGGUAUUUUGGGUUUUGUUGUUAUGAGGGGUUUUGAGUGGUAAAGUUGUGAUUUUUAGGUUUAUUUUGGGAAUUUAUCGUCUGGGUCUGGGGUUGUCGAGGGUGGAUUUGGUGGUGGGGGGUUGGGCAUUGUAGGGGGUGUUAGGGAUUUGGGGUGGGUUGGUUUUCAUGAUUUGUGCUUUUGAUUCUUUGGGGCUUGCUUUAAAUGGGGUUGGGUGCUGAAAAUGGUAAGGUGAUGGUGGAGUCUUUGGAUGUGUGUAAAUCAAAAGGGAGGAAGAAGAAGAAGAAAGAGGAUGGGGAUAUCGAAGAGGAAGAAGAAACUGGGUGUUGGUUUAGGCUGAGGUUCAUCGGGAGCUGCAUUUCUUCAAGAUCCAAGGUUGAUAGCUCAGUUAGUGGCACCAGCACUAAUUAUGCUGAAAGUAAAUCAACUAAUGAUACAAGUCGAGAUCAACCAACUGUCCCUGUAGUCUCUUCAACAACCACUAGUAAUGCGGAAAGCAAUUCAUCUACUUCCAAACUUGAAGAGGAGCUUAAAGUUGCUUCCAGGCUGCGAAAAUUCACUUUCAAUGAUCUUAAGUUGGCAACAAGAAAUUUUCGGCCUGAAAGUCUUCUUGGUGAAGGUGGCUUUGGUUGUGUAUUCAAGGGAUGGAUUGAAGAAAAUGGAACUGCUCCAGUGAAACCUGGCACAGGGCUUACUGUUGCUGUAAAAACCCUCAACCAUGAUGGGCUCCAGGGUCAUAAAGAAUGGCUGGCUGAGGUAAAUUAUCUUGGUGAUCUAGUUCAUCCAAACCUGGUUAAACUGAUAGGUUACUGCAUUGAAGAUGAUCAAAGGUUGCUAGUAUACGAGUUUAUGCCUCGGGGAAGCCUGGAAAAUCACUUGUUUAGGAGGUCCCUACCUCUUCCGUGGUCUAUUAGGAUGAAAAUUGCACUAGGAGCUGCAAAGGGUCUUGCUUUUCUUCAUGAGGAAGCUGAACGACCAGUGAUAUAUAGGGAUUUCAAAACUUCCAAUAUACUAUUGGAUGCAGACUACAAUGCUAAGCUCUCAGAUUUUGGACUUGCAAAAGAUGGUCCAGAGGGUGAUAAAACCCAUGUGUCUACUCGAGUGAUGGGAACCUAUGGUUAUGCAGCCCCAGAAUAUGUCAUGACAGGACAUCUUACAUCAAGAAGUGAUGUGUAUAGUUUUGGAGUAGUACUCCUUGAGAUGCUGACUGGCAGAAGAUCUAUGGACAAAAAUCGGCCCAAUGGUGAACACAACCUUGUGGAAUGGGCUAGACCACAUCUAGGAGAGAGAAGAAGGUUUUACAGGUUGAUAGAUCCUCGGUUGGAAGGUCACUUCUCGAUAAAAGGAGCUCAGAAAGCCGCUCAUCUGGCUGCUCACUGCCUUAGCAGAGAUCCGAAAGCACGCCCCUUGAUGAGUGAAGUUGUGGAAGCCUUAAAGCCUCUGCCAAACCUCAAGGACAUGGCUAGUUCAUCAUAUUAUUUCCAGACAAUGCAAGCUGACCGCUUUAGUGCAAGUCCAAACACUAGAAAUGGGAGAACACAAGGAGCAUUGCUCACCAGAAAUGGGCAACAGCAAAGGAGCCUAUCAAUACCACAUGGUACUCAUGCAUCUCCAUAUCACCACCAGUUUCCCCAACCAUCACCAAAACCCAAUGGCAAGGCAUAGAGUUGAUGAGUUUUCAUUUUCUUUCUCACCCUUCUUUUUCAUCAUUUCUCAUUUCCUAAGUAUAGAUGUUCCUUGUGUCUAGCCAUUUGUUCAUGGACAACUUGAGAGCAAAAGAAGCAUGCAUGUGCAUGCUUCUUUAUGGUGUAUGUUCAGUGUUGACCUUAGGGCAGGUGAAGCUUAUUCAGCUACUAUGUCUUGUGUCAAAUUGUCAACCAAUAUAUGUUUCUUCAGGUUGUUUCGAAAUAUUCAAGAUUAUUAACUCCUCAAUUUUUUUUGAAUUUUUUUUUCAUUUGCCCCAGGAAAUGUCUCUUGGUUUGUUUAGGCUUAUCAAACAUUGCGGCUCCUUAAAUUAUCUACAGGCUUUUGUUUAUGGAAAGAUGAGAAAGCAGCUUCAUUGCAUUAA